AUGGAUACUCUUCUGACAGCAGACUCGGCGGUCAACGCGCCCCGGUAUAGGCGCAAGUCGAGUACCUUUGUGGACGCGAUCCAUGACUUACCCCAGAAGGAAGAAAUGGCACCCGCCCAACUCUACAGCACCGAAUCAGGCCGUUUGUUCCACGCCGGUCGAAUUGCAAUCGCUACAGUAGGUCUGCCAGCUCGUGGGAAAACCCACAUCUCCGUAGCAUUGGCACGAUAUCUACGUUGGCUCGGAGUCAAAACUCGAAUCUUCCACCUCGGCGAUUAUCGACGAGCCAUUAUUGGACAAGGCAAGGAUGUGCCAGACGAUUACUUCUUCGUCAACGCGUCUGCCUCGUCCGUGCUUCUACGGCAAAAGAUACUAAAGAAGUGUCGAGAGGACAUCUACCACUUCCUCAAUCACGAAAAUGGGCAGAUUGCUAUCUAUGACGCUGUCAACCCACUCGCCGCAGGACGGAGAUCUCUAGCGAAGGAGUUUGCGAAGCACGACAUCAAGUGUCUCUUUAUUGAGUCCAGCUGCGAUGACCAAAGAAUCAUCGAAGAAAAUGUAAGGAGCGUCAAGAUCUCCUCGCCGGAUUAUGUUGGCUGGUCCGAGAGUGACGCUGUCAAGCACUACUUGAGCCGAAUGUCUGCCAAAAUUCCGCACUUUGAGACCAUGGAGGAGUCAGAUCUCGACUGGAUCAAAAUGAUCAAUGCUGGAGAGAGAUUGGUGGUCAACAACACCAGUUUCGGCUAUCUAUCCCACCGAAUCGUGUUCUACUUACUAAAUCUACACAUCAAGUCCCGGCACACAUAUUUUGCCCGGGCAGGGGUGACGCUGGAAGAAGAAUCGUUCAAAGCAGAUGCUCCUUUGUCGCCCGCUGGCCGGGACUAUGCAAAGAAGAUGACAAAUACUCUGCUCCAACAUCGAGAGGAAGAGAGACGCACGAUCAUGGAAAAAGGAGGGCUAGAAGUACCUCUCAAGCCGCUUAUUGUCUGGACAUCUACGCGUAGAAGAACCGUAGAGACAGCAGCCUUCCUCGAAGGGAGCGGUUUCAAGGUUAGACAACGGUCGCAGAUGAGCCAACUGAACCCUGGUGUAUGCGAGAAGAAGUCCGAGAGAAGAAUCCGACAGGACUAUCCCGACGAAGUACUGAAGCAUGACCUCGAUCCAUAUCACCACAGAUUCCCAAGAGCCGAGUCAUAUCACGAUGUUGCUGUCCGGUUGGAACCGGUAAUUCUAGAGUUGGAAAGGGAACAGAACGACUUGCUCAUCAUUGCUCAUGAGAGUGUCCUUCGAGUAUUGUACGGCUAUCUAAUGGCGUGCAACGCCGCCGACAUCCCUUCCCUCUCUUUCCCCCGGGAUGAGAUAAUUGAGAUCAUCCCUGCAAGCUACAACAACGAGGCCAAACGUAUCAAGAUACCAGAUCUGCCACCGGAAAUUAUUCCAGCAUCACCUGAAGGUGCCAAAGUGCCUGCUCCACCAAGUGGCUUUACAACACCAGUUCCCGGACUGGGCAGCGGGAUUGCGAGCCCUCGCACAGGUGCCAGCCGGGGACCGGGGACGCCGGAGCCCCAAGCAUCUGGUUCCAAGACACCAGAAGAUUCUGAGAUCUUGGCUCACCGAAUGCACGAUGUGGUAUGA